AUGAUGACGUUGGCGAGCGUGAGCAAGAUCAUGCACCAGCUUGAUGAAUCUGGUCGUUUGAAGGUGCCUGGUCUAAAGAUUCUGCUGGAUAUACAACUGGCUCGCUCAAAGGAGAGUUUGCCCAAAUUCGGUCUAGAAAAGGGAAGUCGUGGUGAAACUAUCCUCAGGAAUCGACUAGAUAACAACGCACCGUUCUUGCCCAAGUCCAGUAGCUUUCCUGUGAUUCCGACGGAUGGCGGAGGUGAUCGGAAAGCCGUAGUAACUGAGUCAAGAAGGUUGCUUAAAUCAGUGUUUUUAGAUUGA